AUGCUUCCCUCCCAGCUGAAUGGCUCGCCCAAGCGGGCGAACCCUUUUGCCCGGUCGUCUCCUUCACCAGCACCCCAGUCACAACAGGGCCGACCGAAGUCAGCAAUCAUCACCUCAUCGAAUGGGUUGGAAUCGACCAAAGGACACGCGCGCAACUCGUCAGUCUCACAGCUCUCGCACACAUUAUCACCGGCAACCCGUGAACGGUCAAACUCAGCAAGGAACAACGCUUCAUCGGGAACAUUUGCCCCAGGGUUUAUCAAGUCAGAGGAGUUGCGCCGAGGUGCUGAUCAAAUACGGGGACUGGAAGGUGACAAUGAUUUUUCCGGCAACAAAUAUGUCUGGUUACGAGAUCCCCAGAAGGCCUUUAUCCGGGGCCUAGUCCUGGAGGAAUUGGAAGGAGGACGAUUGUUUGUUCAGAGCGAGGAUGGCAAUCAACGGGAGGUAGAUGCGGAUCAGGUUGAUAAGGUCAACCCGGCCAAAUUCGACAAGGCAGAUGAUAUGGCGGAACUCACGCACCUGAACGAAGCCUCCGUGGUCCACAACCUCCACACCAGAUACCAGUCCGACCUGAUUUAUACAUAUUCCGGGCUUUUCUUGGUGACGGUUAAUCCGUAUUGCCCUCUGUCAAUUUACAGCAACGAUUACGUGAAGAUGUACAAGGGCCGGGGUAGAGAGGAAACUCGACCCCAUAUCUUUGCCAUGGCCGACGAGGCGUUCCGCAAUCUUGUGGAGGAAGGCGAGAACCAAAGCAUCCUCGUGACUGGUGAAUCUGGCGCUGGAAAAACAGAGAACACCAAAAAAGUUAUCCAGUAUUUGGCGGCAGUUGCUACGUCCGACACGCCAUAUGCCCGAUCCGGGGCGAAGCAGUUUUCUGGUCUUUCCCAGCGAAUCUUACGUGCCAACCCCAUUCUUGAAUCGUUUGGAAAUUCCCAGACAGUACGGAACAACAACUCGUCCCGGUUCGGGAAGUUUAUUCGUAUUGAAUUCUCGCGAUCUGGUCAAAUCUCCGGGGCUUGGAUUGACUGGUAUCUGCUUGAAAAGUCGCGAGUGGUGAAGCCUAACCCCAACGAGAGGAAUUACCAUAUCUUUUAUCAACUGCUGCAGGGGGCUGAUCGCAAGACUCGAGAAAAACUCCUGCUCUCAGAUCUCCAAAUCGAAGAUUUCGGUUAUACAAGAGAAGGUAAUGACUCCAUCGUUGGAGUAUCUGACCAAGACGAGUGGAACUCUCUUAUCGAAGCAUUCCAUGUGAUGAAUUUCUCCGAGGCUGAGCAGAUGAGCAUUCUGCGUACAAUUGCUGCCGUCCUUCAUUUGGGCAAUGUGUCUAUCUCCAAGGAGAGCGUGCGUGCUGAUCAAGCAGCCCUAGCAGCUGAUGGGUAUCCCAGCGUAGAGAAGGCCUGCCAGCUUCUCGGGAUUUCUGCCGACCAAUUUGUCAAAGGCCUUCUCCACCCCAAGGUGAAGGCCGGUCGAGAAUGGGUGGAGAAAGUACAGACGCCUGAGCAAGUGCGCUUGGCACUCGAUGCUUUGUCCAAGGGCAUUUACGAGCGUGGAUUCGGAGACCUUGUGACCCGGAUCAACAACCAGCUUGGCCUUGGCUCGAUGGCCGGGGACGACAACUACUUCAUUGGCGUCCUGGAUAUUGCCGGUUUCGAGAUCUUCGACAAUAACAGCUUUGAGCAGUUGUGUAUCAAUUACACCAACGAGAAACUGCAGCAGUUCUUCAACCAUCACAUGUUUGUGUUGGAGCAGGAAGAGUACGCCAGGGAGCAGAUCGAGUGGCAGUUUAUCGAUUUCGGCAAGGACUUGCAACCGACGAUCGACCUCAUCGAGUUGACGAAUCCGAUUGGUAUUUUCUCUUGCCUCGACGAAGACUGUGUGAUGCCCAAAGCCACGGACAAAUCCUUCACCGAGAAAUUGCAUUCUCUCUGGGAUCGAAAAACCCCCAAGUACCGAUCGGCUCGCCUCAGCCAAGGCUUUGUUCUCACCCAUUACGCCGCGGAGGUGGAGUACACGACGAAUGACUGGCUUGAGAAGAACAAGGAUCCUCUCAAUGACAAUAUCACCCGUCUUCUUGCGGCUUCCCAAGAGCGGCACGUAGCCAAUCUUUUCGCCGACUGUGCGGACCCUGAAGAAGAUGGCGGCGAGUAUCCCAGAAGCCGAGUGAAAAAGGGGUUGUUCCGAACAGUGGCUCAAAGACACAAGGAACAACUAGCCAGCCUGAUGGCUCAGCUGAAUUCGACCCAUCCUCAUUUUGUGCGCUGUAUAUUGCCAAACCACAAGAAACGCCCGAAGAUGUUGAACGCGCCUCUGGUACUGGACCAACUUCGAUGCAAUGGUGUGCUGGAGGGCAUUCGAAUUGCUCGCACAGGCUUUCCGAACCGUCUUCCUUUUGCCGAAUUCCGACAACGGUAUGAAGUGCUCUGCCAAAACAUGCCGAAAGGCUAUUUGGAGGGACAGAGCGCAGCACAGAUCAUGCUGGAGAAGCUUGGGAUGGACCGAGCAUGGUACCGAGUCGGCCGAACAAAGGUGUUCUUCCGGGCCGGUGUUUUGGCUGAUCUAGAAGAGAAGCGUGACCAGCUCAUCAGGAGCAUCAUGACACGGUUCCAGUCUGUGGCUCGGGGGUUCACGCAGCGUCGCAUCUCCAACAAGCGGCUGUACCGAGCCGAGGCGACACGGAUCAUUCAGCAGAAUUUCCACGCUUACCUGGAACUCAAAGGCAACCCUUGGUGGCGAAUGUUCUCGAGAAUGAAGCCUCUUCUUGGAGACACUCGAACUGCUAAGGAAGUCAAGAAGAGAGACGACAAGAUCCACGAGCUGGAAAUAAAAGCGAAACAGGAGAUCGCAGACCGUCAAAAACUGGACGAGGAGCGGCGUCGUACCGAGAUCGAAAUCCAGAAGAUCCAGCAAACUUUGGAAAGCGAACGCGCGCUGGCCCUGGACAAGGAAGAGAUCUUCAAGCGUUUGCAAGUUAGGGAAGGUGAACUCACCGAGAAACUUGCGGGUGCGAUUGCCGAUCAAGAAAGUCUUGAAGAGCAACUCGACGAGCUGGUCGAUGCGAAGAAAAAGGCAGACGAUCAACUGCAACUCCGAAUCACACAGCUCGAGCAGGCAGGACUCAUUAUCCAGCAACUGGAAUCCGAGAAAAAUGAAUCACAGGCCCGACUCGCGGAAAUUGACGAUAAGCUGGCUGAAACGGAAGGCCGAUUCUCAGACAAGAACGGUCAAAUUCAAGAGCUGGGCCAGGAGAUCAAAAUGCUUCAAAGCCACCUGAGUUUGAAAGACCGCAAGCUUCAAGAUUUGGAGGCCAAGCUAUUGAAAACCGACCAGGACCUUGAUGUCAAGCUUGCCAACACCACCAAGGAGCUGGACAAGUCCAAAAAACAAGCACGGGACCUCCUCGAUGAGAAUCGCACCAUUCGCCAACAGAUAUCCGAACUCUCCUCUACUUCUACGGGCUACGAAGACCUUCUUCGACGAAAGGAAAGUGAAAUGGCAGUCCUCCGUAACGAUGCAAAGAAGCACGAAGAGGAAAAACGGAGCAUGGAAUCCGAAAAGAACUCACUUUCAACGCGUCACGACAACAUGCAGAAACGCCUUCGCGAGGUCCAAGCCGAGAGAGAUGCCAUGCGCUCUGAGAAGGUCCAACUGGAGCGUGAAGCUGCAGAUGUUAAGCGGCUUCUGGAGGCAAAGCGAUCCGAGGAUGCCGAGGCUGGGGAGAGCAGAAAGCUGCUAGAGCAACAGGUACACGAUCUGAAAAAUGACCUGUUCAAGGCUCAAGCGGACCUGAGUCGAGAACGCCAGUCCAGAGACGACGUCCAGAUGCUGGCGGAGCACAACCUUGCCGACUUGACCGACAAAUACAACUCGCUCAAUGAAUCAAAGAUUACUAUCGAGAAGGAGAUGUACAUCCAGCAAGAUUCGUUGCGUCGUGCCACCGAAGCCCGUGUCACUGCCGAGCAAGCGCGGAAAGAUCUGCAGGCUGAAUUGAUCAAACUCCGUGACCGAUUUACCGACGUCGAAAAUGCUCGCUUGAAUGCCGAGGCCGAGAUCGAACGCAAGAUUAUGACUCAGGCCGAAGACCGUAUGGGUAGUCUGCGCAAGGACCUUGAUAGUAAGGCACGUCAACUUGAAGAUGUUGAAUCAGAACGGUCCCAGCUGUCGACCCGGAUCCAAGAGCUGAUGCAGGCGAUCUCGGAAUCGGACAACUUCCGUCUCCGCCAUGACCAGCACAAGGAACGCCUCGAGAGAGAGCUUGUGACGUUGAGAGGCAGACUGACGGCUUCUGAAAACGAUAACCGAUCCCUCCUGACCAAGAUUCAACAGAAGAACCUCGAUAUUGCUCGGUCGAAUUCCAAGGCUAGUGACAACAAUCGACUCCGGUUAACGAACCUUCAGAAGGAGAAAGCUCGUCUCGAAGAGGAGGCCAAGAAGCUGGGUCGUCAGCUGGGUGAUUCACAGGUUGCUGUCACGUCUCUGGAGAAGCAAAAGGAGAAGCUGGCGUUGAGCUUGGAAGAUCUCAACCAUGAGGUUAAUCGUGAGCACAAAAACAGCCGCAAUGCCGAAAAGGCCGCUUCUACUGCCAACAUUCAACUUGCCGAAGUCAACCGCAAUCUGGAGAAUGAAAAGCAGUUGCGAAGCCAAGCCCAAGCCAAUACCCGACAGUUGCAGGGGACUUUGGACCGAGCGAACAAGGAGAUUGAAGAUUUACACCGGCAAUUGAUCCUGUUGCACAAAGUCUUCGAGCCCGAAGCUACUGAACCCACCAAAUCCUGGGAGGCCGUCCAGCCGCACCUGUCGAAGCAGGUUGAUUUGGCCCAGGUCCUUGACACCGUGCAAAACAAGCUGCAAGUCACCGAGGAGAAGUACAUGAGGGCUGAGAGCCAAUUGUCUGAAAUGCGCCGACGCCACGCCGAUGAGAUGAAGGAGCUGGACACACGGUACUCAUCUUCCAAGCGCGCUUUGCUCGAGGAGAUCGAUCAGAACGAAGUCGCAAACAACCGGACCCCGACGCACUUCAGGAAGGAUUCCGAGAAUGCCUUGAAGAGGUUUUCUACUCCCACGACGCCCAACAGACGUUACAACGUUUACGAAGGAGCAAAUGAGUCUGCCCGGUCGGAUCGCACAGUGGAUAGCGUCGGCUACCAGAGACGAAUGGAUACGGCCGCUGAAAUCGAGGAACUCCAGAACAAGCUUCAAAUGACGGAGAUGCAAAACAAGCACCUACAAAGCCAACUUGGAUCGUCUACACCAACUCGUGAUAUUUGGCAGGAUGACAGCCCCUCAGUUCGUCGUAUGCAGCUCCUCGAACGUGAAAACUACCGUCUGCACGAUCAGCUCGAUGAUUCCGCAAAGAAGGUGUCGUCCUUGGAACGCAGCAUUCGAUCCGGCGAGCUGUCGCUCCGUGACGUCCAAGCGAAGUCCCAUGAAGAGCUUUACGACUUGAUCAACUCGCAGGAACAAGCCAGGCGCUCAUUGCUCAAGGUUCACAACGAAACCAUGGCUGACUUUGGCGAGGCCAAGGCCCACUUUGAAAAGCUGAAGCGCGGCAAGGCAUCAUUGGAAGUCGAACUUCGAGACGCCCGAUCCGAGACACAGGAGCUGCAUGUGGCCCGGGACCAGGAUGCGACUAGCCGGAACCAGCUUCUGCAAGAAUUCUCUGACUUGCAGAUUCGUCUGGACGCCGAGACAUCAAGGUCUGCUGAUCUAGAGUCAGGUCUCAGCAUGUACAAGAGUCGUGCAGAUGAGUAUUUCAACAAGCUUGAGCAAGCCGAAAUCGCUGUUCUCAAAGCCAGUCGUGCCGAGCAGUUUGCCAAGUCGCAAGGACAGGAAGCCGAGGAUACUUAUGCUCAGAUAAUGGCGGAACGCAAGGAUAUGGAUGCGCUUGUGGAAGAUCUCUCGCGGCAGACUCAGUCACUGGAAGCGCGGAUGGAGGACCAAGCUGCGGAGCUCCAAGGUGCUUUGCAGGCCAAGCAGCGUCUCCAGAACGAACUCGAGGACUACCGCAAUCAGCGAGCGAUUGAUCUGGAAGACAAGGAGACCUCUAUGGAACAAACCCGACAAAAGUACCAGCGAGAAUUCUCUACCUUGAAUAACGAGCUGGAGAUGGAGCGCGAGAGGGUUCUGAAUGUCCGUGGAGAAAACACUCGCCUCCGCGAAGAGCUGGAAGACCUGCGCAGCAAGUGGGACGACGAAGUGCUGAAUAGCUCGACAUGGGCCAAGGAGAAGGCUCGCAUGGACAUGAUGUUGCAGGACGUCACCACCUCUCGCGACGAGGCUGCCAAUGCUCACAAUGAAGCCCAGACCAAGGUCGUGACGCUCCUGUCGCAGGUGCGUACGCUCCGGACCUCUGUUGACGAUGUCACAGCCGAGCGCGAUAUGCUCCUCAAGGAUAAGAAGAUGCUCGAAGGCCGACUCGCUGAAGCCGGCGAGCGACUUGAAGAUCUUGCCAAGGGCGAAAGCCCAUCCAUGCGCAACGCUGCCAGCAUGGACCGCGAACUUCUGCAGCUCAAGUCUAAACUGGCCCAGCAGGAAGAUGUCUCGACUGCAGCGGUUGGCAAGAUGCGCCGGGCUGACGCUUUGGCAACCGAAAUGCAGAAGGAGGUUACGGCCGAGCGGGAGACCAAUGCCCAGCUGUUCAAGGACAAGGCAGCUCUGGAGAAGCUUCUGAAGGAGGCACAGCUCCGCUGCGUCGACUUGGAAACCAAGAGCUACUCAUCCGGUAGCCAGGAUGUUCGCUUCUUGCACAAGCGGAUCAAGGAGCUGGAAACCCACCUUGAGGACCAAGAGAGCAAGCAUACCGCCGAGCAGCGCUCUCUCCGCAACGUUGACCGCACCGUUAAAGAUCUCCAAUCCCAAAUUGACCGGCGCGAAAAGAUGAACGCUCAGCUCAACGACGAUGUCAACAAAGGCCGCGACAAGAUUGAGCGCCUCCUCCGCAACAUCGAGGAGCUCCAGCAGAGUGACUCGGAGGCACAGAUGCAAGUCCGUCGGGCGGAGCGUGAACUGCGCGAGGAGCGAGAGAAAGCGCUCCGGCUGGAGCGCGAACUAGGAGGAUGGAAGUCGCUCCGGGGUGACAGAGGCAGCACGAUGAGCCGCUCGCCCAUGGCUGGCUUUAGCGACGUGGGCAGCCGCCACGGCAGUGCUGCCUAUGGAUCUAAUGAUACCCCCAGCGGAAACCCAGCAACACAAAGGGAUUCUUGUGAAUAG